AUUUCUCUCCCUUCACUUGCCGGAGUUCCCAACGUGGAUAGCGCCACACGGCUCACACCCUUAUCCUCCCAAACCCUAAAAUUAAAGCGCCGUUUUCAGGUUCUUGAAAGAAAAUGGCAUCAUCUUUUGCCACCAUGUCUUCUAUUGGGUAUUUCACAUCGUUCAGCAGUCAUACAAUGGAUAAGAAGUUUCUGGGUUCUUCCAGAAGAUUGUCUUCAUUUGCUUCCAUAUCUGCGAAUUCUUUUGAAGGCAGGAAACAGAGUAUGGUUUUGCAGAAGAGAUGUUCUCCAAAGGUUAGGGCAAUGGCCAAGGAGUUGUAUUUCAACAAGGAUGGCUCUGCUAUUAAGAAGCUUCAAACGGGUGUUAAUAAGCUUGCUGAUCUAGUGGGGGUUACUCUUGGUCCAAAAGGGAGGAAUGUUGUUCUGGAGAGCAAGUAUGGGUCCCCGAAAAUUGUUAAUGAUGGUGUUACUGUGGCAAGAGAGGUAGAGUUGGAGGACCCUGUUGAGAACAUAGGUGAGUUGGUGAGACAAGCUGCUUCAAAAACCAAUGAUUUGGCUGGUGAUGGGACAACUACUUCUGUUGUUCUGGCUCAAGGCUUGAUUACUGAAGGUGUUAAGGUGGUAGCAGCUGGUGCCAACCCUGUUCAAAUCACUAGGGGUAUUGAGAACACCACUAAAGCCCUGGUGGCUGAGCUGAAGUUGAUGUCAAAGGAGGUUGAAGACAGUGAACUAGCAGAUGUGGCUGCAGUUAGUGCAGGAAACAACUAUGAAGUAGGAUAUAUGAUAGCUGAAGCCAUGGGUCAAGUGGGCAGAAAGGGUGUUGUGACUCUCGAAGAAGGAAAGAGUGCUGAGAACAACUUGUAUGUUGUGGAAGGAAUGCAGUUUGAUCGUGGUUAUAUCUCUCCUUACUUCGUCACAGACAGUGAGAAAAUGGCUGUUGAAUAUGAAAAUUGCAAGCUGCUUUUGGUUGACAAAAAGAUCACAAAUGCAAGGGAUCUCAUUAAUGUUUUGGAAGAUGCCAUCAAAGGGGGAUAUCCAAUCUUGAUAAUUGCGGAAGAUAUUGAGCAGGAAGCUCUUGCAACUCUUGUUGUGAAUAAGCUCAGGGGGGCAUUAAAGAUUGCUGCACUGAAAGCUCCUGGAUUUGGAGAGCGCAAAAGCCAAUAUCUUGAUGAUAUUGCUAUCCUCACUGGAGGAACCGUGAUUAGAGAGGAGGUUGGGUUAUCAUUGGACAAAGCUGAAAAGGAGGUCUUGGGGCAUGCUGCUAAAGUGGUGCUCACCAAGGAUACAACUACAAUUGUUGGUGAUGGCAGUACACAGGAAGCAGUAAAUAAGCGAGUUGCACAGAUCAGAAACCUUGUUGAGGCAGCAGAUCAGGACUAUGAAAAAGAGAAGCUUAAUGAAAGAAUUGCAAAACUUUCAGGUGGUGUUGCUGUCAUUCAGGUCGGAGCACAAACUGAAACAGAACUUAAAGAAAAGAAACUGAGAGUGGAGGAUGCCCUUAAUGCAACAAAGGCAGCUGUUGAGGAAGGUAUUGUGGUUGGUGGCGGGUGCACAUUGUUGCGUCUAGCAGCAAAAGUUGAUGCUAUCAAAGACACUCUUGAUAGUGAUGAGCAAAAGGUUGGAGCAGAUAUUGUUAAGAGGGCACUAAGCUACCCAAUGAAGUUAAUCGCCAAGAAUGCAGGGGUCAACGGAAGUGUUGUGAUCGAAAAGGUGUUGUCCAGUGACAAUCCAAAAUAUGGUUACAAUGCUGCAACUGGAAAAUACGAGGAUUUGAUGGCUGCUGGUAUAAUUGAUCCCACGAAAGUGGUGAGAUGUUGUUUGGAGCAUGCAGCUUCGGUUGCAAGAACCUUCCUCACAUCUGAUGCUGUGGUGGUUGACAUCAAGGAGCCUGAACCCAUUCCUGCUGGAAAUCCAAUGGAUAAUUCAGGUUAUGGAUACUGAGCUGCUGCAUCACAUUACGGCAAACGAUGACUGCAGUUUGUUGCUGCAUCAUAUUCGGUUUAUUGAUGAAUAUGAAAGUUUGAGUUCUCUUCGAGGUUUAACAUCGAAAUGUUUAUUUUAGAAGCAGUCCAGUGAGAGAUCUCGGAUCAAUUUUAUUUGUAAUAAAUUGAGCAUUAUUGGAGUUGAUAGGGUUAAUAUUUAUUCCACCAGAAGCAGUCUGGUGGAAUUUGGAGUUGUAUUGUGUACACCUUCGAGUGCCAACUUAUAGAUUUUGUGACAUUGUAUAUGCGAUUUUGUUACACUAGUCUCAUGAGUAGUUGAUACUUCAUGCUGUUGUAUGUUUUA